AUGAAAAGUUUGCUGCAUUACUUGUUCCUCCUCUGCUUCAAUAUCCUCCUCCCUGCAGUUCACAACCAGUGUAUUAAAGACCAGCAACAAUCGUUGCUCUAUUUGAAGAAAAGCCUUCAAUUUGUUCUACCUUCCCGGCUCGUGUCUUGGAAUUCAAGCACCGCCUGUUGUUCUUGGGGUGGUGUUACUUGCACUAGCAAUGGGCACGUAGUUGGUCUUGACCUUAGCCAAGAAACUAUCUCCGGUCCAAUUCCAGGAUCCUUCGCCAACUUUCCAAACCUGAGGGAGUUGAACUUGAGUUGGAACCACAUCUCCGGUCUAAUUCCAGGAUCCUUUGCCAACUUUUCAAACCUGAGGAAGUUGGACUUGAGCUUUAACAACAUCUCCGGUCUAACUCCAGGAUCCUUUGCAAACUUUCCAAACUUGAGGGAGUUGGACUUGGGAUGGAACCACAUCUCCGGUCUAAUUCCAGGAUCCUUCGCCAACUUCCCAAACCUGAGGGAGUUGGACUUGAGUGGGAACCACAUCUCCGGUCUAAUUCCAGGAUUCUUUGCCAACUUUUCAAACCUGAAGCAGUUGGACUUGAGCUUAAACAACAUCUCCGGUCCAAUUCCAGGAUCCUUUGCCAACUUUUCAAACCUGAAGCAGUUGGACUUGAGCUCAAACAACAUCUCCGGUCCAAUUCCAGGAUCCUUUGCCAACUUUCCAAACCUGAGGGAGUUGGACUUGAGAUGGAACCACAUCUCCGUUCUAAUUCCAGGAUCCUUCGCCAACUUCCCAAACCUGAGGGAGUUGGACUUGAGUGGGAACCACAUCUCCGGUCUAAUUCCAGGAUCCUUUGCCAACUUUUCAAACCUGAAGCAGUUGGACUUGAGCUUAAACAACAUCUCCGGUCCAAUUCCAGGAUCCUUUGCCAACUUUUCAAACCUGAAGCAGUUGGACUUGAGCUCAAACAACAUCUCCGGUCCAAUUCCAGGAUUCUUUGCCAAUUUUUCAAAGUUGACUUCCUUGAGUCUCAGUGGUUGUCAGUUGAAUGGAACAUUUCCCAAAGAGAUCUUUCAGGUACCUACUCUACAAAUUAUUGACCUUUCGGGUAAUUUUAAACUUGGUGGUUCCUUGCCAGAAUUUCCCAAGAAUAAUGAAUCUCUUCAGUGGUUGAUUCUACGCGAGACAAACUUUUCAGGGUCACUGCCUGAAUCAAUUGGCAACCUCAAAAUGUUGUUAAGGAUAGAUCUUUUCAAAUGCAAUUUCACUGGAUCAAUCCCGUCGUCGCUCUUUUCUCUUCCCUUAUUGUCAAUUAUAAACCUUUCCUACAAUCAAUUCUCUGGUGAACUUGCAUUUUCUAAUGUCUCUUCCAAUUUAGAUGUCCUUGAUUUAAGCUUCAACAAUUUGGAAGGACAAAUAUCGGUGUCUAUAUUGAAUUUUGGAGGCCUUCAAUCACUUGGUCUUUCUUCCAACAAUUUCAAUGCCUUUCCGUUCAAUGGCCCUCAACAGCUGAAAUAUCUUACGAACAUCGACCUUUCAAACAAUAGUUUGCUGGGUUUAUACAAUGGUACUGAUUCCUCAUAUUCCUCGUUUCCUCAAAUUGUUUCAUUGAAUUUGGCUGCUAACAAUUUGACAACAAUCCCAUAUUUCUUGAGAAAUCAAUCCACAUUAUCCAGUUUGAACCUUUCAGAAAACCAUAUCCAGGGCAAGAUACCUCAUUGGAUUUGGAGUUCCAAUCAACUUGAUUCCCUAAAUCUUUCUUGUAACUCCUUGGUUACUCUGGAACCUCCUUUAUCUAAUUCUAUGGUGAAAAUUGUAGACCUUCAUUCAAAUCAACUUCAGGGACAAAUCCCCACUUUCCUACCAUUUGCCAAGUAUCUGGAUUACUCGAGAAAUAAUUUCAGCUCUAUACCAUCAAAUAUUGGUGAUUUCCUCACAAACACACUGUUCUUCUCUCUUUCGAGCAAUAACUUGCAUGGGCUCAUUCCAGCAUCAAUAUGCAAUGCCCCAAAUAUUCAGAUUCUUGAUAUGUCUAAUAAUUCUCUCAGUGGCAUGAUUCCCCGAUGCUUGACUGCAAUGCGCGAUAUUAGUGUACUUAACUUAGCUAGAAACAACCUCACUGGAACUAUUUCCAAUGUUGAAGUUUCUAAAGAUGGUUCAUUGGAAAUUCUAGAGAUCGAUAGAAAUCGAUUUGGUGGCCAGGUUCCAAAAUCUCUAGCUAAAUGCACUAAGUUGAAGGUUUUAAACAUGGGAAACAAUAAUAUAAGAGAUAGCUUCCCAUGCUUGUUGAAGAGCAUUUCCACCUUGCGUGUCCUUGUUUUGCGGUCCAACGACUUUUAUGGAGGCAUUGAAUGUCUCAACACCAAUGGCACCUGGCCAAGGCUUCAAAUCAUAGACCUAGCUCACAAUAAUUUCCGUGGUGAAAUACAGGGAAUACUUUGGAGAACAUGGCAGAAAAUGAUGGUUACCGAAGAUGGUACUCCAUUGACAUUUAAAGCCCACGAGCAUACAGUGACAUUUAUUAAUGAUGUUCCAACGAACAGAAACCUUUAUAGAAGAAAUCCUGAGGGGGUUUCUUUUGGCUUUGAGUAUGGUAUAAGUAUAACAGUUACCAACAAAGGUUCAGAGAUGAAUCUGGUAAAGAUUCUAUCUAUCUUCACCUUGAUUGACUUCUCAUGCAACAAUUUCAGUGGACCAAUACCCAAGGAAAUAGGAGAAUUCAAAUUACUACAUGUCUUUAACUUGUCCAGAAAUGCUUUCACAGGUGAAAUCCCGUCCUCAUUUGGUAACAUGAGCUCACUCGAGUGCUUGGACCUGUCACAGAACAAGCUGAGCGGGCACAUUCCACCACAGUUGGGAAAACUUAAUUUCCUUUCGUUCUUGAAUCUCUCAGAUAAUCAACUGGUCGGCAGGAUCCCAACCAGUACUCAGUUUUCAACAUUUCCAAACGUCUCCUUUACAGGUAACAAAGGACUAUGGGGGCCUCCUUUGACGAUGGAUAACAAAGCAGGAUUGUCACCACCACCAACAGUGAAUAGAAGGCCUCUAAAUUCUGGACAUCAUCAUGAGGUUAAUUGGGAUCUUAUCAGUGUCGAAGUUGGAUUUACAUUUGGCUUUGGAGUUGCCAUUGGAUCACUCGUGCUGUGCAAGAGAUGGAGUAAGUGGUAUUACAGAGCUAUGUCCAGUAUCCUUCUCAAGAUAUUCCCUCAGUUGGAGGAAAGAAUUGGUAUUCAUCGAAGACAUGUUCACAUAAAUCAAAGGUGGUGGAGACGUUGA